AUGGAUUACGAGAAAACAUUAAAUAUCUUCCUCAUAGGAGAAAGAAGUGUGGGGAAGUCCAGCAUCGUCCUAGCGUACACAAAGAAAGAAUUCGAUGAAUCAUUGCACACCACAGUUGGAAUUUAUUUCAAAAGCAUAAUUAUGGAUUUUUGUGAUUAUAAAGUGAAAAUCUGCUUAUGGGACACAUCGGGACAGGACAGGUAUAAAGAUAUGACAUCAAAUUUUUACAGAAAUAUGCAUGGUGCCAUAUUAGUGUAUGAUACAUCAAGACCAGAAACACUAGCCAAGUUAAAAGAAAGGGCAGACGAUAUCCAACAAUACUCAACUAAAAAGAAUAUGGUCUGUUUUGUUGUUGGAAAUAAAAUUGACAAGGAGCGAGCGGUGCCCAAAAAGGAUGGAUUGGCGUUUGCUCAAAAACACAAUAUGUUGUUUGCUGAGUGUAGUGCCAAAACGAACGAAGGUAUUAAAUUCGUCUUCGAGGAACUUCUAUGGAAUGUAAGAUGUUUCCUUUUCAAAUAUGGUUGA